CCGUCGUCAAGGUGUAAUUUAACCCGAUUAACCAUGGCGUCCUAAACCCAGCAACUGGUAUCACGGAAUAAGAGCAAAUGAUCGGGAAAUUCGUUUAAUUCGGGAUAUGAAAAAAGCAGACGUAGGCUUAAAAAUAUAUAGGUAUAAGCGACAGUAAAAACUAUAAACGCGUUAGACUAGACUAGAUGGUAAACAUUAGGCUACUAUGUUAACCGUUGGUGCUCAAAGAUUAAUUAGAAACCAGCUGUGCGUAUUCUACUAUUGUUAGAAUGUCAAACGCAAAAGUUAGUACAUCUAAAAAUGUCCGAAUUAAAACAAGAUCUACUGAAACAAAAGUGAGAACUUUAGAAACUAAACCAAAAGCGAAGACGGACCCCCGCGAAAAGAGGGCAUCGAGUUGUCAAAGGUGUCACCAUAGCAACGAAUCCGAAGCCAAGAAGACACCUGAUGACCAUAGGAUAAAAAAUGUAAGGAAAACCGAACCUACGGUGGCUUCCCAAAAACAUAAAAACACAGCAUCUGAUCAUAAAGAGCAUCAAGUGCACAAAACAGCGUAUGCAUUUCCAAGUCAGAAGGCCUAUACGGUUAUUGCUCCAAACCCAAAGAAAAGGAAUGAGAUACAGCGAAAGGCCGAGGCUGAGCUGACAGCUCUGGAGGAUUUCAAACUGAGACGCGCGAUGGGCUACGUGUCUAUCGCCCCCAGAAGAGUAGGAGGAUGCUUAACUUUGGAAGAGGUUCGGAACAAACAACAGAAAGAAAUGCAAAUGAGCCAAAAGUGAAAACAGGUGAAAGGAUUUAUGACUAAAGCUGUGCUACAUAAAUGAUAAAUGAGGUUUUAACAGCAAGUUUAACUCACUGUGGGAAAAGGAAAAGAGAGUGUGUACAUCAGGGCUUAUAAUAUUUCUCAAACUUGGUCCAACAAAUCCCUGAAUUACUGAAUUACGAUUUUUAUUUUACAUCUCCACAAUUUAAUCAGUAUAUAAAUUCUUUAAAGAAAUGCACUAAGGCUGUUUGUGCUAAUAUUUUUCCACAUUUUUGUUAAUAUAUGCACUUCCUGAAAAUUUUGCUAAGUUUACUUUGUUGUCCAGUAAUUUGGUUAUUGUCGCACUGAAAAAUGUUUUCUUUUAAUUGAUAUCCUUACAUCCUGAUUGGGAUUCCAUUGCCAGAUCAAUCAAAACUGAUAAAUUGAGAGCUAAGCUGGACCAAAAACUAGGAUAUACUGUGGUCUUUGUACAAGAAUGAGAAAUGCAGAUUUGUACAUACAUGUAACAUUCUGUUUCAGUUGUUUCAUCAUAAUGACCAGUUUGCUUACAAAAACGUACUAUCCUACAUACAUGGUGAGAUUAUAAUUAAGUAAUGCAGCCUUGUAUGACAUACAAUGCUGCAUUACUUAAUUAUAAUAUCACCAUAGGUAUAAAUUAAUACAAUGGCAAAUAUAUAUUAAAGAAGCACAGAUUGUAUUGUAAUACUGAGGUUAUCUUCUAUUAUUGUGCUAAAUUGUUUUGCUAUGAAGGCUUAAGUGUCCUUUUUAGUUGCACUUGUAAUUUUGAGUAAAUCCUGUAAAUUAUAACAGCUAACAAGGGAUUCAUAUGGACUUAACUGAAUCUUUUGUAAUGUGUUAAACAGUGUUAUAUCUUGCGCUGUUAUAAUAAUUUCAUCUUUUUAUUAUUGUUAUUUAAUUAUGAACAUUUAAUCCAUUUAACAUUUAAUCCAUGUACUGUACAAGGAUAAAUACCAAUUAGCACUGCACAAGGAUAAAUAUCAAUUUGCUUGUGUCUGAGUGAGAAUAUUUGAAAGGUUGUAAUUGCAACUGUAAAAUAAUAUGGUUAACCAAAUCGUUCCAACUUUUUCAAUGGGACAAAAAAAUAAAAUUAAUUUGGUUCUCCUGCAAUUUCUCACCUUUUACAUAGGAGCCUUAUAGGAGUGCUGAUAGACAUCCUUGAUUUCACAUGAAUUAACCCAACACUUACGUUAGUUAACCUCGAAAAAGUUUUGAACGGGAAAGUAACUGUGAUAUGAGGUAUGAUUUAUAAUUUGCACAACGGUCCUAAACGAGUUAGAUAUGAAAUGUCAAUUCAAUGUAUUGUUGUUUUACUAGUAAACUACAAUACCCAGAAGUCAGGAAGGACACUGGACACUGCAGCGGAAUGUUUUGCUUCCAGAAUUUGUCAUUGACUAAAGAACGCAAUUCCCCAAAUAUUACAUUAGCUAGAUAUAAAUCACAUUUGUAUACUUAAUAUUUUUGUUUUCAUAUACAUGUAACAAAAUGUAUUUCAUUUGUUUGAUCUACGAUACUUUAUAUUCAUAGUUUGAUGUAGCUACCUAACGAACUGCUAGUUAGCUAGUUGAAUAGCUACUAUCCAUAUUGGCGCAGAGUGACACGACAGCCCACGUGUAUUUGUUGUUGUGUUAUUGUUUUUGUUGUUAUCACUUAUUAAUUGUUUACGUUAAUGAAUAGUUAGGUAAUUUAGUUGGGUAGCCAUCCGUUAUUAGUUUCAGGUACAGCCCUCCUCCCGUCGCAUUCCAGUGUUCGAUUGGGUAAUGUUACUUGAGAGGCCUCUGCUCUUGAGUUGGGAGUGUCUUGCUAGCUGCCAACCCGAAACUUAAGAAACAACCUGGGCUUCCAAACGAAUAGUUAAUUAGACAGCAUAUUGAACGUCAGUUUUAGAGGGGCUUUGCUCACUUUCUGUCAUUGUUUUUUUUAGCUAGCCUACGCUAAACUGCUAUCACAGCUCUCUGAAGACUCACGUCAGAACGGCGUGCGUUGUAAGGUGCUGUCUGAAGUAAGAACUUACUCAAUUCCGUUAACGUUGGCUAGCUAUUGUUAGCUACUAGCGGAUUUAAAGAUGCCAACGUUGCGGGAUAGCACUAUGUCCCACCCCGGCGACAAUCCUCAUCAGGUCCGAGUGAAAGCUUACUAUAAGGGGGACAUCAUGAUAAACCACUUUGAGCCUUCCAUCUCCUUCGAAGGGCUGCAGGUUAAAGUGCGGGACAUGUGCAGCAUGGACAAUGACCAGCAGUUCACCAUGAAGUGGAUUGACGAGGAAGGCGACCCCUGCACCAUAUCAUCCCAGCUGGAGCUGGAGGAGGCGCUCCGUCUCUACGAGCUGAACAAAGACUCGGAGCUCAUCAUACACGUGUUCCCCUGUGUGCCCGAGAAGCCUGGCAUGCCGUGUCAGGGAGAGGACAAGUCCAUAUACCGACGGGGAGCGCGGCGCUGGAGGAAGCUGUACUGUGCCAGCGGACACACCUUCCAGGCCAAGAGAUUCAACAGGCGGGCACACUGUGCCAUCUGCACAGACCGGAUAUGGGGCCUUGGGCGGCAGGGCUACAAGUGCAUCAACUGCAAACUGCUGGUGCACAAGAAAUGCCACAAGCUGGUAUCAAUGGAGUGCGGCCGGCACGUAAUCCAGGAGCCAGUGAUGGGUCCGUUGGCUCCAGCAGGCACUCCAUCAGAUCACCUUGACCCAGUGGACAAAUCAUCGAGUGAGAGUCUGAACCACGUCGGAGAGGAGAAAGAGGCCAUGAACAGCAGGGACAGCGGGAAGGCCGUGUCCAGCCUGGGCCUGGCAGACUUCGACCUGCUGCGGGUUAUUGGGCGAGGCAGCUACGCCAAAGUCCUGCUGGUGCGGCUGAAGAGGACCGAGCGCAUCUACGCCAUGAAGGUGGUGAAGAAGGAGCUGGUCAACGAUGACGAGGACAUAGACUGGGUCCAGACGGAGAAGCACGUGUUUGAGCAGGCGUCCAACCAUCCCUUCCUGGUGGGACUGCACUCCUGCUUCCAGACAGAAAGCAGGCUCUUCUUUGUCAUUGAGUAUGUGAACGGUGGAGACCUGAUGUUCCACAUGCAGAGGCAGCGGAAACUUCCGGAGGAGCACGCCAGGUUCUAUUCAGCAGAAAUCAGCCUUGCCCUGAACUAUCUUCACGAGCGAGGAAUCAUCUACAGAGACCUGAAGUUGGACAAUGUCUUACUAGAGUCUGAGGGGCACAUCAAGCUUACCGACUAUGGCAUGUGCAAGGAGGGGCUGCGGCCCGGGGACACGACCAGCACUUUCUGCGGGACGCCCAAUUACAUUGCCCCCGAGAUCCUGAGAGGGGAGGAUUACGGCUUCAGCGUAGACUGGUGGGCGCUGGGCGUGCUCAUGUUCGAGAUGAUGGCGGGCCGGUCGCCGUUCGACAUCGUGGGCAGUUCCGACAACCCUGACCAGAACACGGAGGACUAUCUCUUCCAAGUCAUUUUGGAAAAGCAAAUCAGAAUCCCGAGGUCCCUGUCGGUGAAAGCUGCCAGCGUCCUUAAGGGCUUCCUCAACAAGGAUCCAAAGGAGCGGCUGGGUUGUCAUCCGCAGACGGGCUUCGCUGACAUCAUGGGUCACCACUUCUUCCGAAGUGUGGACUGGGACCUGAUGGAGCAGAAGCAGGUGGUCCCCCCCUUUAAGCCCAACAUUUCUGGGGAGUUCGGCCUGGACAACUUCGAUGCACAGUUCACCAACGAGCCGAUCCAACUCACGCCCGAUGAUGAGGAUGCUGUUCAGAAGAUUGACCAGUCAGAAUUCGAGGGCUUUGAGUACAUCAACCCGCUCCUUAUGUCUGCGGAGGAAUGCGUGUGAAGACCCCCUGCUCCGAAUCCAGCCGUUUGCUCAAACUCUGCAUGGGUCAUGACGCUGUCGCUGUUAGGAGAUUCCGUCUGUGGUCUCCUUCGAAAGAAAACCUGUAUGUAAAACCUGCUGGCCAAUCAGCUGCUUAAAAAUAGUUGCCAAAAUUGAUAUCAUUACCUGCCACUCAGCAAUUGAUGACCACGUGUCCUUAAUGUGUCCUUUUUUACUGUAUAUUGUGUUUUUGUAUGUUCUAAACUGCUACUUUCUGGCUGGUGACCAAUGAGUGUUUAAGGUCAUUUGGAGGUUACUGGAUACAGAGAAGAGCCAUAAAAAUAUGGAAUAUGCGUUGUCUUAUGUGUCUUAUGUCUUUUGUCUGAAGUUGUUGCCUGUUACACUGAAUAUGUUCUUUUUUAUAAACAGAAUUCUGACCCUAUUCAGUAAAUAGAAGAUGGCACUGGUAAAGACCAAUUUAUUGUUAACUGGCGCAGUAAGUGGAAUUCCUGUUUGCUGUCUCCAAAUAAAUGCCCGUCCUGUCUGAAUUCCUUUUCCUCCUUGUAAGCACACAGGCUUUUUAUUUUAAAAAGAGCAUACGGAGGACACCUUUCUUGUUUUAUCUAAGGAGCACAGAGCACAAGCCUAGCUCAGAGCCUGGUUUCUCAAUCGAGUCUGAAUGGCUUCUUUGGGUUUUUAUGGCUGUGCAGCGGAGUACUGUUGGGCGGGGGCGUGGUCUUGGAGCACGCCAUUGUCAGUACUCACACUUUACUAUUGUUAACACUACCCUGGGGGGUAGGGGAAGGGGUUAGGGUCUGGGCUGUGUCUAAGGGGGUACGGAGCAGGUGCAUCAGAGCAUCUUUUUUAAAAUUAAAAAUCCUUAAGACACUGGGCAGUAGCAACAAUGGUUGCUUUUAGUAGGAGUGUACAGUCAUAGCUAAUAGUUUCAUAAAUACAUAAUUUUCCACGGUAUCUUUUUUUUUCACUGCCAGGAAGUGUGGUGGGGGUCAUUUAUCAAAGCUGCUGUUAAUUUUCCACAUGCAUUAUCAGAGUUGCUUUCAACUUUUAAUUUAAAAAAAUAUAUAUAAUUAUGUUUAAUUAUGACUAAUAAAUCUGUCAGAAUCACUAAAGCCUUGGUCGGGCAAUAACCAGUUCCUCUUAUUAUUAUUAUUUUUUUUUUUCCACUGUAGAGAUGCAGUGAAGCAAGAUAGGCUAAGGUUUGUUUUUCAGCCCACUUGUGUUUCAUGUGCCAACCUACAGUAUUUAAAUACAAGCUGUUGGUGAGGAUUCCAAGUUUUGUAAUUAAAUACUGCAUUCAUAAAGAACCAAAGGAAAGAAAUACAAGCAGUUGUUAUUCACUUGAUUUUUUUUAUACUGAAAGCAAAAAAUUCUUACUCUGCUUGGAUUUAAUUGGUCAUUGAAGACCUUGUUUCUGAUGUCAUCAAAAGUGAUUUGCAUAUUUUUUUCCACAAAUCAGUAGCAAUGGAAAACUGACUCAUUACAUAAAUAUGGUAAUAUGUCAGCUUGGCUCAUUACCAAUACUAACUGUACCACAGAGAAUGUCGGGCAUUUUGGCUUCUAGCAUACAUGGUUGUGGGAGCAUGUCAAAUUUGGGAGUAGUGUGAAGGUAAAAAAGCUGUGUAGGGAGUGGCACAUUGCUGCUCGGAUGUGGUAACAUUUUAUCACAAGUUAGAUGGCUAACACUGUGCUGCGUCAGUACAGGAUUAAUACGGAAAUAACGUAAAGAUUCAAAAAGAUGGUUUAGUAUGACUUCACUAUCAACUCAAAUUAGCUUGCUAGCAAGCCAGCUAUCUAACCUGGUUUUUGAAUUUGGUAAAUGGCUUGUUGAAAAGCUGACAGUUUCAGUGACUUGCUAACAUAGCUAGCUACUCAGACAACAAACAACAGGUAAAGAUUCCGUAGUUGAGCUCAGACGUGUAUGGGUUGAAUUGCUAUUCUCUUGCGGUUGGUUUUGCUGUCAGUGAUGUCAGAGUCUGUGUUGUCUUCCAUAUAGUUAUACAUAUUCUACUAGCUAACCAACUACACUGUAUUGUGAGACUCUUUAGUGUGCUGUCUCAAAAAAUGAACACACUCCUUCAGUCCUGUAAUUCUCCUAUUGAGAAGUACUCAAUUAUUUUUCUGUUUAUAUGAUUUAUAAGUGUAAAUACACAUCUUUUUCUUAUGCUUUAAUGAAUACUGAAUGGAAAUUAAAUAAAUUUAAUUUGUACAGCAUCUUUAGACUGGCAGGUAGACACAAGUCCAGGCACAGGUGUCAUUCUGCUGCUGUCAGUACACUUGGUGUGCCGUCAUGUACCACGGUAGUACCAAACCUCCUGUCAGAGAAGGGAACUAAUACUCCUGUCCCCACCCCACCACCCCAACAUGCCAGUGUCUUCUUGCUUAACUAGCAUCCCCUGUCACGUUGAACUUUGACCCCUCAAGUGGUCCAAGCCAGGAGAGGGGUAAUUUAGGCUAAGAUGAGGUCAGCCAGCCAUGGACAGGUACAGAACUACUGUUUUUAAGAGCUCACACCCAGCAUGUGAAUGGUCUUGUCUUCACCCACUGCAACGCUACACCAGCUGUCUGAGGUGACAGGGUGGGGUGGGGGUGGUGGGGGUAAGGGGGGAGCGCAAUUGGCUUUACACUCUAAUAAAAGCGGGGGUGGGGAGUGGCAAGGCUAGGGCUCUGUCAAACCUUGACAAUUUAUUGCCUCCCAGUAAAUCUGCCUGCACUAUUUCAUACCAGGCUGCUUUUCAUUCUUUAAAUUAUUAAUCAAGGAGUCUGAGCUGAAGGGGGGACUGAAAGCUCAAGCCAUUUUUUCCUGGAUGUGGAAAUUAUCAUGUUUGGCAAAUACUGUUACAAUUAAGCACAAUUAAUUGUGGGAGACCUUUGUGUAAGGAAUGUUGUAAUGUUGUUUUUUUGUUUUUUCUCAUUGUUUUCAUAUAUGGGGGAAAAUCUUGAGCCCCAUUAAGAGUUGAAACUAUUUUUUACUUGUUCAUUCAUAGGCUGUUAAAAAUUUCACCAUGUUGUGUUUUUUUAUUGUAUUGUUGGGUGAAAAGCAUUGAUGAUUGUGUAUUUUCAAAAAUAAAAUAUGACAGUAUAAACUGGAAA